UGGGCCGGUCGCCUCGCUAGCAACGCGAGCAGGCGGGGCCACGCAGGCCACACGUCCUUGACUUGUCGAGCCCUGCUGCACCGCUUCACUUUUUUAUCCUCUUUCCUUUAUCCCGUCCGCUUCCAGUGCUUUCUUCCUCCUUCCAAAAAUGCAUCUCGCCUGAAACCAUCCAACGCCAUGGCCGUGGCCGAGCUGCCAUGCUUUACUUCCAGCUCAAGGUGCCACACCUAGCAACAAAUCAGGGGCCACACGGGCUGCAACCGGCGUUUGGCGGAGCUGCAAUCGUCUAUCUGGUCGAGCUGCAUCCAACGACGCCGGGCGGCGGCGACUGCAACCCGUGGAGCUCAGGAGCUGCAUACAACGGCGAGGAGGACUCCAAUCAGCUGCACCCCUCGACAGCGGAGUUGCAAUCAUGCACGUCGGAGCUACAACCGGCGUUUGGGGGAGCUACAAGGUUGGAUGUUGAGAUGUGAUUAUUUGCUGGAACUAGAGGUAUUUUUUGCUGGAACCAGAGCUGCAUCUGGCAAGACUUGGAACAACGACGAGAUGAGGAGGGCGCACGACGACUGCUACUUUCAAGCAGCGGAGAGAAGCGGGGAGCUGCGAGUCACGAUGAUGGCGGUGGCCGUGGUGGGGUGGGACGAGCUAGGUGCAAUGGCCAUGGAGGGGCUGCCGGAGAGGCGGGAUUCCUGCAGCUGCGCGGGUGGGGGCAGCGAUGCAAUGGAUUUCGGCGAUCUGGGCCGCAUCCUCUCCUUUUUUUUGUUUUUUCUCUCGUGCGUGUUCGAAUGCGAGAGUGGGGGACCAAACGCUCCUAAUCUGACGGUUGGCAAUCAGCGGAGCGGACGCACAGGAUGGGACCGGCCGAAAUUUUCGGCCGGUGCGCCGGCGCCUAUCACCGGCCAUGCUCUAAUCUUGUUAAAACUAGAGGAUCCAUUACUUAUACAACAGAGAGGUACACAUAUUUUGGGCCCUGAUAAGUGUCACAUGUGUGGCAUGAACACAUGGCAACUUUGAACGUUUUUUUGGGCAAAUUUAGCGAUGCGAGGAUGAUAAUUUUAGUUGUCAAGCGUGGCAACUUUUUUUCGGAUGACAAGUUUCAGCUUUUUUGGUUUGGUUAUUCUUUUGGGAUGGCAACUUUACUUGUAAAAAACAUCAAAGCCUGAACUGCUUUGUACCACACG